AGUUUCAGAAAGUAAAGUUGCCCCCGUAUUUGCCCAUAUUUUGAACAUGCCCACCCUAAUAAUAUCAUGCCCGUCGUGUAGAUUCAUAAUCCUUUGUUCCCUUUCAUUCUGUAAGUGCACCUGCUCCCGGUGCCACUCAACAUUCGUUCCCGACUGCGGGCGACCCAUUCUUGAGAUACAUUUCUAACCUGAUCAAUCUUCCAUUAAGUAACCCAGUUUCCAAUAUUAACCUACUUCUAGGAGUGGAACCGGAACUACCUGUAGUAGUCCCCUUGCGCCGCCGACCAUUUCUACUGCACGACGACCGGUGAUCAAAAAUGAGGACCGUGGCAACGGUCGCCGUGCAGCUACUUGUGGUUUUUAAUAACAAUUUCCACGACAAGCACUUGCACCUCUGCAAGAACUCCUACGUGCUGGUCCGAGCCGUCUCCGUGAGAACGUCCUCAGUGAAGAGGCAGAAGAGGUCGAAAAUAUUGGCAGGUACGGAAAAGAAUAAACUGCGGGAUAAAAAAACCGGUGGUGGUCCUCAGCACCAGCUUCUGAAGACUACAAGUAAAACUCAACAGAAAAGUACCACUUCUAGCAGAGCUACGUCAAGGACUAGGACACGGUACGUCGAGGCACCUCUCGAAGAGCAGCAGGAGGGAACAAGACUAGAACAGGAUAAUGAUGUUGUGGACGUCGAUCCUGCUACUGGGCCGCGGCGAGGGCCGCACGAAGAGGUGGAAGAAGCUCAGCAAGAACUACUUGAUGGAGCUGCAGGAGGAGCUCUAUUACAGGUUCUUGCACGUGGACGUGCCCCAGGCCGUGUACGACCAGCACAAUAUGUGGAACAAGUUCGUCUGCAAGAUGUUGAAAGUGAGAAAAGCGAGAAAGAAAAAGGUCUUGACGGAAUAUUAAAGUAUGAUCAAGAAUCUUCUUCUCUACAACAACUUUACUCGUCACCCCACAAACUACUGAAAACCUUGGCAUUGCCGCCCGAGAAGUGUAAGUUUUCGACGUGGCAGACCGAGGAGGAUUUUCUCUGGGGCAGACUAGAAGAUGAAGAUGAGAAGGGAAAACCCGGAGACGACGUCGUAAAGCAAUUCCUCGAGGACUCCUUGCCCAAAUACAAGACCUGCUUCGACGAGAGAGAAAAACCGGAACAAGACGGCGCAGCAGGAGCUGCAACAGUCGUACUAGCCGGUGAGGAACUAGCGAGAAACACAGUCCACAUGUUCUAUUUGCCGAAAUACAAGAGUACAGAGCAGGCUGGGGAACACGAGAAGACACUACCAGCCUCCGAAGUGACCGGGUUGUCCGACGAAAUAGCAAGGGAGAUCAAAAUAUCCAGUGCAAAUUUGUCUGGGUCUGGAAGGUCACAACUUGUGAUGCUGUCUUUGGAUUCUGAAAAAAUUUGUAUUGCAUGACCAGCAACAAUAGCAGUCCGGUUUGUCCUAUCUGGAGAGGGCAUUUCUCAUGCGGAAUAGGCAACAGGAAGCCCUCCAAAAAUCUGUGAUGCUAGGCCAUGCAUUACAGGCGUCACGGGUCAUGCAAAAUAUGCAUCGCAAACCUGGCAAUCUUCCAGGAGACCCAGACGUAUUUGCAGUGGAUACAAAAAAACCGUUUCCACCGGCUUUGAGUACGGGUUCCCGGGGGUGUAUCCCACAAAAGUUUUCGCAAAAACCCCCAUGGAGUGCGGGUUGCUUUGUGAGCAGCAUCCGUAUUGUCAAGCUUGGGCGCGAUUUGGAACGAAAUUCGAGGAUCCGAAAGAGGAUUCGGAUGGUAAGUUCAGUCUCCGGUUACAGGACCAGAAAGAAGACAAUGCAGAUAAUUCUGCUGCUCAAACUUCUCCCUCCUCGGAGCCGGAUUUUUUCAGUUACCAGACCGCGUUGACAAGAAGCUUGAGCAAGGGCGAAGCCUCUGACUCAGGAAGCUUCAACUCCGACGCGCAGCUAUGCGCGUUCUUUUUGCAAAACAGCAGCAGUGACAGCUCGUCGAGCAGCGCUUUACUGGAUCCGGAGGGCGGGGUCACUUUGGCAGAUUGGGUCAGUAUCCAAGCCGCAGUCUACGACGCGAAGGAUCCGGGAGCAGUUGCGUUCCACGAUAGCGCGUUUUGCACGACGAAAAUGAGGGCGGUCGAAAAAGACGCAGAAGCAGAAAAACUACCUUUGUUUCCCAAAACCUGUUGCGGAGGGAGGCACAUCAAGCGCCGCAGAAUGAAAAGCGCCGGUGACAGGUGCGUCGUGUCUGUGGACGGGAAAGAGGUGCUGUGGCAAGAAUUGACGUUCGACCAGAAGUCACUCUUUUUGGAAAAAAAGAGACCCUGUCCGCAGGGAAGCGAAUUACAGCAAGACCUCCGUUUCGAAAACUGCGAUUUACAAACGCGCACGGGAAAGCUGGUCACCAGAAACUUCGACGAGUUUGUGUACCACAAAAACGAACCGGACUGGGCGCUCCUACACUCAAAUUUUCGCGGCGUGGGAUCGAAAAUCUGGCCCGACCCGCAACUCGACGCAGCUCAGUCAACGACAUCAGACUUGGCGGUGAAACGAUACCUGGGCGCGCGCUGCUCGGUAGAAGUUGUACAAAAUGCUGCAGACGAGCUGAUCCCGUUUGUAAAAAAACUACCUCAGUCGAGCGAAGAUUCUAAUGAAGAUAGAAAGACGGCAACAAUUCUGAAGAAAUCGCAAAUCGAGAUCCAACCGUGGUUGAAGACUUUCACGCAGGUCGGUCAGGAAUUGGAGCCGAACGACGACGGAAGCCGGACGAGAUAUUUGAAAGAGCUGUGGUACCCGAAGAAGGAAAAAUUUUACGCGGAACACAUUCUCCAGAAGGAGAAAAUCAACCUGCUUGCCCCCGCUCUCGCCGAAGAAUCGGAGCUCGGGUGCUACCACGACUGUUUACGGAGGGGGGACUGUGUUGCGUAUCAGUUUGUGUACCCGCCGACGGCUGUGUAUCUGGAGAGCCAACGCGAAAUCGAGUGGCAGGAGCACUUCUUGCCGGAAAGAUCCGAGGAACUGCAAGAUGAAACUGAAACCGCGGAGCAAGAUACAGAAACGUUAAAGAUCCGGAGCCCCUACACCCGGCUGCUCGCCAAGACUCCCAUUUACCGCGAACAAUUUCUCUGGUCCAAGCGGGGCGAAUGCAGUCUGUAUCUGAUCAAGCUGGUGAGAGGAACAACUGAAACUGCAGCAGGAGGAGACGAAGAUGCAGCGAAAGAAGAAGCAGAGUAUCCGCAGGUUUCCUUUAUGCCAAGAGAUCACGAAGACGCAGCGAGUGUCAAGAAUCUGGUAGAGCAAUUUUUCGUGGACAGUCAAGCGACCAAUUUGAUGGGUACAACGAAAAAACCUGGCAACUAUGUGGACAAAAUGACGGUCUGCGGGUUCAAAAAUUUCGAACAGGAGAGUAGGUUCGCAACCGAGGCAAAAUUAGUCCAAAACCUGAACCUACCGUCCAUCCCAAAAUUUCCCUCUGGAGAGGUACUUCUAGACGGGGAGAUCGCGAUAGCCGGGCCGGAAGAGGAGACGCUACAGCUCACUCUCGAUUUGGAAGCCGCAAGGGAGUUGGCCCAGAAGCAGGCCUUGGAUGACACGUCCGGGCUUCCUGUUCCCACAGAAGAAGGAGAGAACACAGAGCAACUCGUAAGCGCCGAAGAUCGGAUCGGGGAUGGUGCUUUUGCUGACGAAAAAGCCGCCGACGAGCGCUUGCAAAAGCUCGUGCUCAUCGGGAUUCUCGCCGGGUGCGGGGUGUUAGUACUGCUGGCCGUGGGGAUCUAUUUCUCUUUUGCCGGUUGCGAAUGUUGCGCUGAUCAUUCUGCUGGCGACAUUCCGACAGCGGCCCCGAGGCACAGCGGCACUUCCACGGCUGGGCUUAACAGUAUGGCCUCCGGAGUCAAUCAUGCCACCUACGGCGGUGCGCAGGGACUGGGAGCAAACACAAGCAUGGGCGUGAUGAGUGUGCAGAGCUACAAUUUGGCAUCGACCACGAUGGACCCAGCGCGGUUCUGGGCGAAGGGUUUAGACGGUGCAGAUGUGGUAUCAAAUGCAAAAAUGUCUGGGUCUGGAAGAUUGCAACUUGUCAUCGUAAAUCUGAAGCAUGCAAAAAUCUGUGUUGCAUGAGUGCCAAAAGCGGUACACUUUUGACCAACUUGGAAGGGAGUUUCUCAUGCACGAUAGGCAUGGCAGAGCCAGAGACCUCGCAGAGUCUGUCAUGCUAGUAAGUCCCGCAUUCCAGACCUCAUGGGUCAUGGAAAAUCUGCAUGACAAGUUUACACUUUUCCAGACCCAGACAUUUUUGCAUUUGAUAUGUGGACUUCUCUCAGCCGAUCAUACCCGACGCGCUGGCUGUGAAGCCGAAACAACGGGGCAGCAAGGCGGUCUCCGGGGCUGCUAAGAAAACCUAUCAACAGGGCGGGGGUGGUGUGGCUGCACCAGGACAAAAUAAUAUCUACAACGACAUCGUAGGGGGACUCGCUGCCGGCGAAGCACCAGGUGCAACGACUAGGGGUAACAAGCAUUGCUAUGGUGGAAAUGAAGACGCAUUUCUCGAAAAUGAAUUUCUCCGGCAGCGAGCCGCGCCAGGCGCGGGAGUAGAAGACGCGUUCGCGCUGGGGAGGGCAGGAACAGGCGGAGAUCUAUCUGGAGACGACUCUUCGGUAGGCAAUACCUCUGGUGCCCCAUCAGUCGGAACGGCAUCGAAUAAAUCUACUGGCGGACACUCUAAGGCAGCGGCCAAGAGCAAGAGCAAAGCGAAACCCGGCACGACGGCGUCCGCCAAAGCGGCGCUAGCGGCAAAGGCCAAGGCGAAAGCCAGGUUUGCGCAGGCCGCGGGUAAGCUGAAAGCCGUGGCCGCAUCAACCGGGGGGAAUAGUACUAAAGCCGGUGCUGCAUUACAGAAAAGUAAUUCCAAUGCCGCUGUUCUUGGCGAUCACGCUCACGGCACUAACUUAAACUUAGCCGCGGGUCUCGAGCCAAGAAGCGCGGCGGAGGGUGGCACGCGGCGGUCCUUCCUGCACGCGGCGCAAGACUUCAAAGCCGGAUUGCAAACAAGUCAUCCGAUGAACAAAGCGGCGCCGGGAGGGCUGACGCACGCCGGGAAGGCGAUCGACCACGCGUUGGAUCCGGGGGCAACGGACCACGCACUCGAGGAGGCGGCGGGUGUAGUGUCCUUUGACGGUCGCGCCAGCCAAGCCAGAUUCUCGGUUGCCGGGGGGGCGGCGCCCGGGUGACCGAAUGAAGUUUAUAUUUUUUUUUUUUCGUUUUCUACCCUGCUGAAAUUGAACAUGUUUCGUAGUAAGUACCUGUACGCUCCCCAUUUCGCAUUUUUAGACCAUUGAUACAACAUGUAGAAUUAAGUAGAACGAGCUCACUACUUUUUUCCUUCUAGCGCAGCGGCCAAUGGCGACGCCCUGCGGUUUUUACCUGCAGAUUGCAAGAGAAGGAUCAUUGACGCAUUCAACUACAGAUGCGACCUUCUCUGCUCUGGAAGUAGUGCUCCUCCUUCUGGAAAAAUUUACCGUUUAUCUGUCGUCCCCAACAUCAUUAUAUCACCCUAUCUUUCUAUGAAGUGACCGAAACGCAUGGAGGUACAAAACCCAC